AUGGAAGAUUUCUCGGGAAACAGAAGACACCGUCCGCCUGGCUAUCCUGAGAAACUUCCUCAGGCCAGCAGUUCCCGACGGUAUGUCUCUCAUCGAGUUUCAUCCAAAAACGCAUUAUUCUCAGGUCUUCUGGAGCCCAUGGAUCCUCUUCGAAACCGGUGUUUCCCCCUCCUCAGCCGCCAUUUGAUGGAUCUCACGCGCAUCGGAAAAGGCCGCGCAGUUUGGCUCAUCCAGAGCAGAAUGCGAGAAUGCCGCGCAAGGAAACGGAUGUCGUUGACCGCAUUUGGCAUGAUAUCGACGCGGAGCAACGGGAAAAACAGGCACGAAAGAAGGCGGCAGCUGAGGAGGCCAGGAAGUCGGAACAUCCGGUUACGAGUGCCGGUCAGUGCGUCGAGCUGACAGUGAACAAUCUGAAGAACUUCAGGAAUGACGACUCGACGGUGAAUGACGUGAGUGAGGAGAAAAAAAGAACCAAAUGGGAAACAAAGAAAUUUAGUUUAUACGAAGAGAAGAAAUGGUUGACAAACUUCUCGGGUACAAAAUGCUGCUGGGUAAAAUGGAAAACUGUGGAACUCUGGGGUACGAGAAGAUGACCGAGCAAGAAGUGAGACAGUUGAGUCUCGAUUAUUUGAACAAAAAUCCAGCACCGGAUGCGGAUCAAGAGCACAGACCGAGGAUAGGGCCGCGGACUCCGAAGUCUCCGCCACAGGACGACGACUACGAAAGGAGUCCGAAAAGGCCGCGGAGAGGUCCGAAGACACCACCUGGAUCGCCAGGGGGACCUCCGCCGGAUCAGGCAUUGAUGAGUCGGCGGGAUAUGGUCGAACAGUUGGCGAACACGUUUGGACAGAGCACUCACGAAGUGGAGGAAGCACUGGGCGGAGAGCUGGACAAGGCUUUAGAAGACUGCUCGAAAAAGAUAAAGAAUGAAAUGAUGGAGACUUUCAAAGCGGCGCUGAAAAAGGUGGUCGAUAAGAAGGCGAAAAUGUAAUAGUUUCCAGAAGACAUUCCAGUACCUUUUAAAGUAGUUGCAGAGCAAGCGACCUUUCUGAUCAGAUGGAGCUGGUCUCCGACACGUCGCUUUCUGUCGACAUGAGAACUGGAAAGAGGGAAGAGCCGGAUGCACUCACUCAGUUCCGCAUGAGUGUGCCACCACCACCAGUGCCCCCGCAGCUAAUUCCGUCAGCUUAUCCGUGAGAGAUCUCGCUUCUCUCUAUUUUUCAUCUCUAACUGUUCAGGUAUUAUGCUCAAAUGGCUCCGCCAGUUUAUCAGUAUCUCCCGCCUCCACCACAACCGCCAUUCCAGACGAACAUGAUGUGCUAUGUAAUUUCUUUUCGUCCUUGAUCUACUUCGAUUUUCAAUUUUUCAGCCUCCUCCGUCGGCACAGAACUUUGCACCGACUGGACCUCCGCCACAAAUGCAUUAUCAGAUGCCGCCUGCACAGCAGUACAAUACUCAGUCGGCCUCCGCAAUGGUACUUCCGCCAGUGAAUGUGCCGCCUCCCCCGAUGGGAGUUCGCAUUGACACUCCGAUUCCACAAGUGAUACCUCCAGGCAGGCUAGGAAAUGUCGAAUCGGUAGCCAAUUCUUGGAUUUCAGUGGUUCCGCCCACCGGAAUGCCUCCUCCGCCGAUUCAGACACAGGUGCCACCGCCCAUGUUGCCACCCAAAAUGCAACAUCCGCCUCCGCAGCCGACGUCGUCUGCACAGUACUCUGGAGAUUGCUGGCGCCCCGCACCAGGACAACCUCCAGUAGCACUUCCUGCUGACUCGUGGCAGCAGCAAGCUCCGCCUCCAGUCCCACCCGCUGCUCCGCCAGUCAGCGCAGAUCCAUCGGUUAUUGUGAACGUGCGAAGCACUCUGUUCUCCGCACUUGGUCUUCAUAAGCCUCCGCCUCCUCCUCCGCCACUUUCGAGCACUCCUGUUCCGUACUCGUCGUUGUCCGUUCUGCCACCUCCUCCGCCUCCUCCGGUCAUUGUUCCAUCCACUCUUCCGUGUCAUUUUCCUCCUCCUCCGCCUCCUCCGAAUCCAUCCUCGAAUGGUGUCGUUUCUUCCUCUCCUUCCACUGGAUACCGUAAUCACGGGCCCGGUUCUCGCCUUCCUCCUUUCACAAAUCAAUUUUCAAACUUUUAA